UCUGGGCACUACUGGCCUUACUCUGCAUUGCCACAACAGCCUUCAUCUCAAAAAUAUGCCGGCCCGAACCCAAACUCCCGCCCGGCCCAAAACCGUGGCCCGUUAUCGGCAACCUCCACCUCAUCGGCCCCGUCCCACACAUAUCCCUCACUCUUUAUCCCGAAAAUACGGCGAACUAAUGCUCCUAAAGUUCGGAAAAUUCCCUGUUGUCCUGGCCUCGUCCCCCGACAUGGCGAAACAGUUCCUUAAGACCCACGACGCGGUUUUCGCCUCCUGACCCCCACUCUCCGCCGGAAAAUACGUUUCCUACAACUACUCGGACAUGACGUGGGGCCCGUACGGCCCACAAUGGCAGCAAGCCCGUAAAAUCUACCUCUCGGAGGUUUUCAACGCCAAGAGCCUCGACUCGUUCGAGCACGUCCGGGCGGACGAGCGGGCCAAUCUCAUCUCCCGGCUGUUUUCCCGGUCAGGCGAGCCCGUCGUGCUCAGGAAGCACCUAAUGCGCUACACGCUCUCGACCACGUGCCGCAUGUUCGUGAGCGAGAAAAUCUUCGAGAGGUCGGGCGUGUCGCUCGACGACCUGCAAAGGCUUUUGGAUGAGUGGUUCUAUCUUAGCGGUGUGGUGAAUACCGGCGAUUGGGUGCCGUGGCUAGAUUUUCUCGAUCUUCAAGGGUACGUUAAGCAGAUGAAGGGUUUUAAGAGGAAGAUCGACGGGUUCCUUAGCCACGUGAUUGAUGAUCGUAAGGCUGUGCAGAGGUCGACGAAGAAAGACGUGGUGGACGUGUUGUUGCGGCUUGCAGAGGACACGAAUCUUGACAUUAAGAUGACGAGGGAUCGUGUCAAGGCGUUGUUACAGAACCUACUAGUCGGAGGCACAGAUACGACAGCAACCACGGUCGAGCGGGCCAUACUCGAGAUUCUCAAGCACCCCCACGCAAUGGAGAGGGCUAAAGACGAGCUCGACUGGGUAAUCGGGGGAAACCGAUGGGAGAACGACUUCUCCCGACUGCCCUACAUCGAGUCCAUCAUCAAGGAGACGCUAAGACUCCACCCGCUCGCCACUCUACUCUUCUGGCCCAAGAGGUUCUUGGGCAGUAACUUCGCACUAUUGCCGUUCGGGUCGGGCAGGAGGAGGUGCCCGGGGUAUGGCCUCGGGCUUAGAAUGGUCCGAACGACACUGGCGAAUUUGGUGCAUGGGUUCGAUUUUAGGUUGACCGAGGGAAUGAGCAGAGCAGAUAUAUGUAUGGAGGAGGAGUAUGGGCUCACUACACACCCCAAAGUUCCCUUCAUCUCAACAACCCGCAGGCCCAAACCCAAACUCCCACCCGGCCCGAAGCCGUGGCCCGUUAUCGGCAACCUCCACCUCAUCGGGCCCGUCCCACACAUAUCCCUCCACUCCCUAUCCCGAAAAUACGGCGAACUAAUGCUCCUAAAGUUCGGAAAAUCCCCUGUCGUCGUGGCCUCGUCCCCUGACAUGGCCAAACAGUUCCUUAAGACCCACGACGCAGUUUUCGCCUCCCGACCCCCACUAUCCGCCGGAAAAUACGUUUCCUACAACUACUCGGACAUGACGUGGGCCCCAUACGGCCCACAAUGGCGACAGGCCCGUAAAAUCUACCUCUCGGAGGUUUUCAACACCAAGAGCCUCGACUCUUUCGAGCACAUGCGGGCGGACGAGAGGGCCAAUCUCAUCUCCCGACUGUUUUCCCAGUCGGGCGAGCCCGUCGUGCUAAGAGAGCACCUAAUGCGCUACACUCUCUCGACCACAUGCCGCAUGUUCGUGAGCGAGAAAAUCUUCGAGAGGUCGGGUGUGUCGCUCGACGAGCUGCAGGGGCUUUUGGACGAGUGGUUCUUUCUGGGUGGUGUGGUGAAUAUCGGUGAUUGGGUGUCGUGGCUCGAUUUUCUUGAUCUUCAAGGGUACGUUAAGCAGAUGAAGGGUUUUAAGAGGAAGAUCGACGGGUUCCUUAGUCACGUGGUUGAUGAUCGUAUGGCUAAGCAGGGGUCGACGAAGAAAGACGUGGUGGAUGUGUUGUUGCGGCUUGCAGAGGACACGAAUCUUGAUGUUAAGAUGACGAGGGAUCCAACCACAGUCGAGUGGGCCAUACUCGAGAUUCUCAAGCACCCCCACGCAAUGGAGAGGGCUAAAGACGAGCUCGACAGGGUAAUCGGGAAAAACCGAUGGGUCGAGGAGAACGACUUCUCCCGACUGCCCUACGUUGAGUCCAUCGUCAAGGAGACACUGAGGCUCCACCCGCUCGCCACUCUACUCACGCCACAUUACUCGCUUGAGGACUGCAAUGUGGCAGGCUACGACGUGUCCAAGGGGACAAUGGUCCUCAUAAACACGUGGAGCAUCGGGCGGGACCCACGUGCCUGGGACGAGCCUGAGAAAUUCUUCCCCGAGAGGUUCUUGGGCAAUGAGGUGGAUAUGUUGGGCAGCAACUUUGCACUAUUGCCCUUUGGAUCGGGCAGGAGGAGGUGCCCGGGGUAUGGCCUCGGGCUUAGGAUGGUCCGAACGACGCUUGCGAAUUUAGUGCAUGGGUUCGAUUUUAGGUUGACCGAGGGAAUGAGCAGAGCAGAUAUAUGUAUGGAGGAGGAGUAUGGGCUCACUACACACCCCAAAGUUCGUCUUUCCGUAAUUAUGGAGCCUACUCUUCCAAGCCACCUUUACUAA